UUUCCACAAGGACGGGAAUGAAGGAGAACCGUCGGCACAAUCCUGGAGAAGCGCGCAGCUGGAGGUGACAUGUAGAUUUUGGUUAACUUUCUAUCAGUCUAUCUGUCGGAGCCUUUUGCCUCCACUUGUAGUUUCCACCGACUGACGCGCGGAGAGCCUUGUUCUGGGUGCUCUGUCCAUAUAUGGUCAUCUACGUCACGCAAAUGUUCCAUCCCCCUAUUUAAUACAAGCAAACUGGAGUCCCCUAUCCAGCUCCAAUAGAGCAAGUAGAGCCGCUCUUGUGCAACCAACACCACCACCACCUCCUCCAUUGAUUCACAGACUUCAAAUUCCCCCACAAGCAGCCCAUCAGCUUCCACAGUGAUCAGAUUAAUAACAACAAUAGCGUGUGAUCACACAGGAGGAGAUAACCAGCGCUGCUCGUCCUCCGCGGGAUACUUGGAUAAGCUACAGCAACAGGAUCCAUCCCUGCGCCUCUCUUCUUCUUUUUUAUUUUUUUAUUUUUUGUUGUAUCCACGCCUGAUCCACACCUGUGUUUUUACACUUUUGAGAACAACCCGCUGUAUUUUUUUUGUGUGUAACUACUUGGAUACCUGCGCGUUGUCCUGUAUAAAUGUCGGACUGAAUAUAACUGCUAUGACAGGGAAACUAGCGGAGAAGCUCCCUCUUACCAUGAGCAGUUUAAUAAACACGAUCCCUGACAGUCUCUACCCAGAAGAGGACAUCCCGACGUCUAUGAAUAUUUUCACCAAUACGGAAUCUAUUAACCACUAUUCACAGAUGAACACAGAUAAUAUCAUGGAUCUGGGCAUGGGAAGCGAGAAAGCAUCGGCAGAGAUUCAGUAUGGAUCCAGCUUCCAGUCCAACCGCAGCGGGCAGACUGUCACCUAUCUGGGGAAGUUUGCCUUUGACACUCCUCCGUCAGGUGGCAUUGGCGGCUCGGGCUGGUGCUCUGAUAACAAUAUUAUCAGUCUUGUCAGCGCGGGGAUCCUGGGCGUUUCUCCAUCACCCGGCACGGUAACGACGCAGACAUCAUCCUCCGCAGCCAGCAUGGGCGGACAGACGUCAGAUAUGGAGCAGGUAUAUGGUCCCCCACUGCCUGCCUAUUCCACCUGCAGCGACCUGUACCAGGACCAGGUCUCCUUCCAUCACAGCCCUGCCACCAGCACGGCUCUAGCCUACCCUGGCAAUGACUAUCACUCCACAUCCAAAGCCUCCAUGGAUGGCAGCCUUUUCUCCAUGAUCCCUGACUACAACCUUUUCCAUCAUCAGGGGGAGGUUGGCGUGAUGGAGCACAAGCCCUUCCAGACCAUGGACCCCAUUCGAGUCAACCCUCCUCCCAUCACACCCCUGGAGACCAUCAGAGCAUUCAAAGACAAGCAGCAGAUUCACCCAGGUUUCAUCGGCGGGCAGCAGCACCCUCCUCAGCACCACCCACCACCACAGACUCUCACUCUCAAACCCAUCCGACCACGGAAGUACCCCAACCGUCCCAGCAAAACCCCUGUCCAUGAACGGCCGCACGCCUGUCCGGCAGAGAACUGUGACAGACGCUUCUCACGCUCAGACGAGCUCACACGUCACCUUCGCAUCCACACAGGUCACAAACCCUUCCAGUGCCGAAUAUGCAUGCGCUCCUUCAGCCGAAGUGACCACCUGACCACACACAUCCGCACACACACGGGCGAGAAACCCUUCUCCUGUGAGUUCUGUGGACGCAAGUUUGCCAGAAGUGAUGAGAGAAAGAGACAUGCAAAGGUUCACCUGAAACAGAAGGACAAGAAGCCAGCUGACAAGAGCAGUGGGGCAGCUGGGAGCCACAGCUCGCCACCCAGCUCCUGUGGGGGGCCAACUGUGGGAACAUCAUGACCGUCACUACGUGCACUUGGACUGGACCCUCACCAUGCCCCAUAAAGAGACUUAGGAAGAAGGGAUCACGUCCACUAUGAGAUAAAUAGGUGACACUUUUCCUCUCUUUUACAUCCCACUGCUCUUUUCAGUUCCUUCUAUUUUGAGAUGGAUGCCUUUAGUUUAAGUGAGAAGGGAAAGGCUGCUACGCCCUUCUCUUUCAAGUAACUCAGAGCCUCAGCUACUGUAACACAGUGCCAACACAAAGAAGGGCACCACGGCACAUUCUGUCCAAAAGGCCACUGUGUAUCUAUAGGUUUUGGUGUUGAUACACUUUUUUUUGUAAAUUUUACUGAGAAUUUCUAAAUUGGAAGGAAAUCAGAAUUCAUCACAGGGGUCAAAACAGACAAAAAUUACAAUGGAGCUCAGUUAAAGGGUGAGUUGUCUGGGAGGUAUGCAUUAAUUUUAUUAGGCUGUUUAAAAGUGCAAUUGGUUAUAUUUGUGUACUGUCAUGGAUACCUUAUUAGUGGCACUUGACUGUCUUUUUGUUGUUGUUGUUGUUGUUGUUUUCUUUGAGGUGUCGUGUUUUAUUUUUUAUUUUCUAUUUGAAUGUUGGUUUCUCAAAAAGAAUGUGCCAAAUGUAUUGUGGUGAUACAGCCAACCUUGUUCUUAUUAUUGUGCCUGACAUUUGCCAAACAUAAAAGUGAUAUCAGCUUAGCACACGUGUUGAAUUAAAAGGACAGAUGAGAUACAAACAACGUAUCUCAGAUUUAGAUUUAUCAGCACAAUUUGGUUAAAUCUAGAUAAUGACUGAACUUGGUUACACAAAGCAAACAGUGUCUUGUCCUGUAACCUGUACUUAGAAAACAAACAUGCCUGCAGCAAUCAAUGCCUUUGCCAAUACUUAUUUAUUUGUAGUCACUGAGAGACACUGUGUAUUUUUGUUGCCUUUUUAUAUUGUGGCUUUAUGUGGUGUUACCAGAUGUAAUUUCUGUUGCUUUUUUCGAAAAGCUCACCAAUACUGUUCAUUUUUUUUUCUUCAGUUUUCUUGAGUUCUGCAAUUAUAUGCAAUAUAUUCAUGACAUAUGCCACAAACCCGUAAAUCAAAUUAACUAAGAGCACAGUUAGACAGACUGAACUACUUAAAUAAAUGACACUGGGUUGCAAAAACCAGCAGUAUAUGAAAGCAAAGAUGAAUAAGGAUUCACAGUGUAAAAAGACUAAACCACUUGGUUUAAGUCACCAAAAGACAAACAGCGUAAUGCUAAGAGAAAAAUUGAAAGUGUCCAAAUUCAUGUUUACAUCUUUUUUUAAUACAGCGAGACUGAGACUGAGUUGUAAACUAUAAGCAGUUGUUGUUUUUGUACAGUAUACAAACAUGUAUGCAGGUAGCUACAGUAGAAGUUUCACUUUUGUACUCAAGUGUCAAAUGCACAAUAACUCAGUAUUAAAUUGUGCAUAUAUGUGCAUGCCUUCAUGCACACUAUGUAAAUACAAAUGUCUGCAUAAACAAGAACUUUCAAUUGACUGAAUGCUUGUGCGGAAUGUGUCUUAAAGCUUUUAGUAAUGUAGUUAUAAUACAGAAUAUUUUGUUGUCAUAGGUCAUUGCAAAAAUCUUUUGGAGCACUACAGUAGUGCCAGAUAUGGUGUAUUAUCUUCCAUAAAAGAUUUUAAAAAAAGAAAAAAAAAAGAAGAAAAAAGAAGAAUAAUAGCAUUUGCACCAUCUGUACGCUUUAAAGUGGUAACUGGUUUAAGGAAGCACUAAUGUGUUCUCUGAAUAAACAACAAGAUUUUUUUUUUUUUUCACAUCUUGUGUAUCUCCAUUACAGUCGCAAUCAGUUAUUUCAACCAACACAUCUUCCCCCAUUGUAUAGAAAACACUGAUUGUUCUCUGAGACUAAAUGAUUAGAUCCAAAAUACAUUUCUGGGCAAUGCCAAUAUUUUUCCAUGUGUGGUUCCUUAUUGAUCUUUGUCCUGAUAGAAGUAAAUGCCUCUUGUAUCAUUAUUCUAUCUAUUAGCUUCUAUGGGAUCUUUAAAGUGUGUUGUAACAAUAUUCACAGAUGCACAGCAGUGACCACGUUUCAUAACUGCCUUUUUUUUCAGAAAUAUUGUUCUAUAUUUAUCUCUGUGAGGGUUUUUUCCCCUCUAGGAAUACAUAACUGAGAUACUAAUAUGGCAUUUUCAUAUUUUUCAUGAUACUUUUGGUAACAAAAAUGUGGAUUUUGACAAAUACAGAAUGCAUAAGACUGCAGAUAUUGAAAAUCAUGAGGUAUUUACUUCUGCCAGGGCUACUAUAAAAGACACUGUGUCAAAAAAUAUUGGUUCAUUCAAACAAAUUAUUCAAAUUUAUAUCGAUUACUGUCGAUGUAUUAUCUGAGAAGUAUUAACCGUGUCCAUGUGCUGAGAUAGUUUCUGGUUUUAUUGUUUAAAUUUACUGCUCAAACACCAGAUAAACUUCUCUUCUUUUAAAAAGAAACAUUCGCCUCUCCAUCGACUUUGACUGACAAUAUUUGUGGUUAUUGGAUGUGCUCUCUGACUGUUAAGGAGUGUAGGCUGUAUGCAAGGCAGAGAAUUUAUGUAAACAUUGUUACCAGCUGGAGACAAAUAUAAUGUACUGGUCAGUAGACACGGCAGUCAGACUUAAAGAGAAUAUCGACUGAUAAAUGCAAGGGCAAAAGAAAGGUUUAGAAAAGCAGUGCCACAGAGAUCAGAGUGCAUACAGAAAUGAGCUUCCACAUCCAUGCUUUCCCUUUCCUGUAACAACCAGUUUUCACUGCUGAGCUUCCUGGCAAGUGUCCACUUAUUUUCCAAUUAAUUUGGCCUCAGAGAGUCUUUUCUCAGCUCAUCUACAUGGUUAAAUGAACAGACCUCCUUGCACUUUUCCAGAUAGUUUAAAAGGUUACACACCCUGUAACAUCAAACCGUAAAUCAAUAGUUUUGUAUCAUAAAAAAAUAAGUUGUUUUAUUGCAUGGAUGGUUAUCGACAAAUGAAACUUUUCUGAGCUCAUCCCAAUGAAACACAACAGAAAUGAAAAUCACAACUUAAAAAUAUUUAGAAAUGUAACUCUCUACACAUUACGUUACACAGCUUCCUUUAUUUCUGAUCCCAGAUCGUCGAGAUUCAAACAUUAGAUUGGGAUUUUCCAGGUUUAAUCUUGCAAUGAGUAAUGGACUCUAAUGUAAACAUCAUGUAGCAGACAGCCUCAUGGAGUCAGCACAAAAGAAUAUAUAGUAUAGCACAUGAGGUGAUAGGAAAUACAAAAUGUUUAUCUUUAAUGUUUACCUAGAAUAAUUUGAUGUUAGAAACUGAUCGUUAUAGACUCAUUUUGAAUUUAUUUGACCAAAAAGUAUGCUCUUGUGUGCUCUUGAUUUAACACUUUGCUGGUGAGAAUGGAUGUUUUUAAUUAUAAUAUAUAGAAUGUGGCUUCCUCUGAGAGAAAACUGUGUUUAUGUUGCUUUGUGUCAAGGAACGAUGCAGAGUGAGGCGGAGACUACACCAAACUAUUUCCACAUCUAAAUGAAGCCAUGUAAUUACAACUUUGCAAACUCAAUAUUUCAUCAGAGUCAUCAUCUCACUGUGUUUGUCACUUUUGUUUCGUGACACUUUUGUAAUGGACCGAUAGAUUUUGUAAAAUUUAUAUGAUGCCCCUCCAUCCCACUCCCUCACUAUAGUUUGGUGGUUGAGCAACAAUACAGGCUGCACCAUGUUCUUCUGAACAAUAAUCCUUCUGUGUAAUGUGUGAAUGUUAUAGAUAUAUGUCAAUAACUUGUUAAACAAACUCAGAAACAACCCCCCUCUUAAUAGUGCUUCUCCAAGAAUAAUUUAUUUUAUGUUUUUUAUGUUCUAUUGUCCAAAAAGUGGGCGGCUGAACGCUCUGAAAUUGGAAUUUGCCUCAUCCUCGUUCUCUGCUCCAUGUUGGAUCUGAGCCAACAUCAGCAGCCAUCUUUGUGCCAAACUGGGUUGCAGGGUUGGCUGAUCAAAAACAAUAUGGGAUGAGAACGCCACAGGAGCAACAAAUCAUAAAUGUGACCUCAGUCCGCUUGCAGCUGAAGGCAGACUUGUGAUAAUGUUUGUGUUUAACUGUUUGAUUUAGUCUCCGUGAAGUUGGCCUUGGGCAGGGCAAUAGACUUGGGCUCAUUCAUGAAAAUUAAUAAUUACAAGAUUUAAGAAAAAGAAAAAAAACAAGAAAAAAAAAACAACAACUCACGUCGAAGAGAUUUCAAUAAUGUGUAGAUAUUAUAGGCUACUCAUGUCAUCUUAUGGACUACAGGGUGGCUUCAGGGAUUUUGUGGUCUUCAACAGUGACACUAUGGUGUUCAGAUGGAGUCGAUACUCACUGUUUUCUGUUGUGUUGUUGUGUUUCCUUUUCAUUACAGUAUAUCCUCAUGUUUUGCAUGUGCACGGAAAUGUUCCAAAGUGCUACCCUCGGAUGCUGUGGGUGGUGCUCAUUUCUUUAUUAUGCAUGAAAAAUAAAAGUCACAUUGGGUGAAAUGGGAUAAACCCUGACAACAAUUCAAGACAGACAAUUGAAAAACAAACACACACUGGGAUAACUGUUCUGUUGGCUUUUUUUUUGUUAUUUUAAUUUUAAUUUUUUUUGUUCCUUUAAAGAAAACAAGGGGUCUUGUUUAAAAAAAAAUGUUGUGGAUGUCUUUAAGCCCUAUUUCAUGUUUUUAAUUACCUUAUAAUAAGGUCCUUUUAUGAUGAGCUGAAUAUUGAAAUGAAUUUUACUAUAUCCUUGUGAUGGGGAGAUGUACUCCCCUGUUUACUUGGCACUUCUUCAGUUUGUUGUAAUGCAAUUGUUUUGUUAUUUCUAUGUAAGUACUUGAAUAAAGAAAAAUAUCACUUG